GUCUUUGGCGCCAAAAUUUUCCAAAACAUGUGAAGCAACUUGAACAACAAGUUGAAGGAGUGGCGAAAUCUCAAAUCUGGAACUGUUUGCAGGCCUUUCUGCUUCUGUACGAACGUCAAUGGUCAUGCAGUCUGAAGAGCAGGCUGAAUAUGUACGGUACCUACUAAGGUACCCAGUGGGAUGGUUGCGGCUCGCAUGCAUCUACCUAUGCGGUUGGACGUCUCAAAACAUGGAUCAACAUACGUAGGCGUCAAGCGCCUUCCAGUCAGCUUCUGACCACUAUGCAAUGAUCCAAAGAAGCUGCAGCCAUUAAAUCCUGAAAAGCUGGGCCCUGGUCACAUUCUUGGCAUAGCACGCAAGUGCACUCGUCGUUUGAAAGGGAUUUACGAUGACAGGAGGCGCCCGGAAAUCCUCUGGCGCUUCCGGUGGUGUAUCUCAGCGAAGUAUUAACUCCUUCUUCGCUCCUAAGAAGCCGAAGAAAGCACCGGAGAAUCAACCAAUUGCAAAAAAUCCUGGCGCCGCAGAAGAAGAGGCCAUAGCACGGGUUUCCACUGAGCUGCCUGUGCUCACUGCCACUGCUAAGCAUAAUGCUGGAAAGGAGCAAGGUGCUCCGAGUCUGGCCCGUGACAACCAGACCACCCCAAAAAAGCAGAACGGGCUGCUGCAGACGGCUCCUGCUGCUGUGCGGAAUGGUGAUUCACUCAGGAGCUCCCCAAGGAAUGUCAAGACCAAGGAAGGUUCAAACACUGCGACACCUUUAGGUGCCCGUCUUCUCAGCAAGAGGCUCGAAAUCUUCUGGCCUGCAGACCAAGCUUGGUACUGGGGCGUAGUAGAAAAGUAUGACUCAGCAACGGGCAAGCACACCGUAUUGUAUGAUGAUGAAACAGUGGAGGAAUUGGUUCUGGCAGAUGAGAAGCUUAGGUGGUCAGAUGGUGGAGAAGUGGUUGACCACGUGAACAGCGCGCUGGCGAAGAGUCCCCCGGUUGUUGGUCGGGGGCUGAAGAGGGGACGUAGAAGGGUGACUUACUUAAGCGAAGAUGAUGAAGACGAUGGAUCUGACAUCAAAGAACAGGAGAAGGACGCAGACUUUGUGGUCGAGUUGAAUGAUGCGACAGCUCAGGCUGAUAUAGAGGAAGAGAUGAUGGACAUGGACAAUGACGAGGUCAGCGAUGAUGAAGGUGGUGGCAAGAAGAAGCAAAAGAAACAAGCUCAGAAGAGGAGAAAGACUGCGAAGACUCUCACUCCCAAGAAGGGUGCAGAACAGAAAAAUUCUACAGAUGCGUCGCCUGGGGUCGAGAACUUGCCGAGUGCUGUCCCUGUGAUACAGCCAUACACGGACGGUCUGAACGCAUUGCAGACCCGGCGAUCACCUGACGGGAGUAUGCUUCGGGCAGCAAUUGAAGCAGAAAAGCAAGAGCAGAAAGCAGCGCCGCCCGCCGCCGGAGUUGGAGUUCCUGAGCUGUAUGGAGAAGCGAGUGCAAGAUUUGGGACCCGAGUUGCUGAGAUCUUCGACUUCCUUCUGCCGAAAAAGCGAAGAGAUGCCGAUGGGAGGCGUCCUGGGGAUGAAGGAUACAAUCCUCACACUGUAUCUUUGACCAAAGACUUUUUGAAGAAGCUAUCUCCUGGUCAGCGGCAGUGGUGGGAGUUUAAGGCUCAACAUCUGGACAAGGUCCUUCUUUUCAAAAUGGGAAAGUUUUACGAAAUGUUUGAAAUGGAUGCACAUGUUGGCGUACAAGAGCUCAACUUGAUUUACAUGAAGGGAGACCAGCCUCAUUGCGGAUUCCCAGAGAAGGGUUUCUCGCCCAACGCAGAGGCCCUGGCAAGGAAGGGAUACCGUGUCCUUGUGAUCGAGCAAGUCGAGACGCCAGCUCAGAUGGCGCAGCGCAACAAGGAGAAAGGCACUAGGGACUCGGUUGUCAGGAGAGAAGUUGUGUCUGUCCUGACCAAGGGCACGCUUGUGGAGGCCGACAUGCUGGCGUCACAUCCUGAGGCGUCCUACAUCCUGUCAGUGACGGAGCUUGCGCCGACGAGCGAGCGAGCAUCGGACCUGGAGAACGGGUCGGCAGUGGUUGGAGUGUGUGCCGUUGACACUGCGACCAGUACGUUCUUGGUUGGACAGUUUGUGGACGACGCUCACCGGGGGCGGCUGCGUUCGAUCCUGGCCGAGCUGCGGCCCGUCGAACUGAUCAAACCGCGGGGCGCCCUCGACCCGGCCACCGAGCGGGCGCUCAAGGACCACACCCGCCAGCCACUCGUCAACGAUCUUGCUCCCGAGGACGAGUUUUGGACGGCCGACCGCACCAAGUCCGAGCUGACCACCUUCUUUGGCUCGCUCGAGUUGAGCACCGGCGAGUCCUCGUGGCCGCCCUACCUCCGUCGCCUCGCGCAGUCCGACGCCGACGGCGCGGCCGCCAUCUCCGCGCUCGGGGGCGCCGUCUUCUACCUCCGGCAGGCCCUGCUCGAGUCGGACGUCCUGGCGCUCGGGAGGAUUGAGCCGCUGCCGGGCAGCGCGGACGCGUGCCUGGAGGCGCAGGCGCAGAAGGACGACGGGCGGGACGUGUACAUGGUGCUGGACAGCGCUGCGCUGGAGAACCUGGAGAUCCUCGAGAACAACAAGGAUGGCGGCACCUCUGGUACGCUACUGGCAACUUUGGACCACUGCACGACAGCAAUCGGGCGACGGAUGCUCCGCGCCUGGCUCUGCCGGCCCCUCCAGAGCGUGAAGGCCAUCACAGCCCGACAGGAAGCGAUUCUUGAUCUCAAGCAGGGCCCCGGGGCCGAUGCCAUGGGCCGGGCGAAGAGGCUGCUCGCCGGGCUGCCGGACCUGGAGAGGCUCCUCGCGAGGUUGCACGCAGUCAGCAGCGGCAGCGGCCGUCAUGCCGACAAGGUGGUCCUGUACGAGGACGAGGCCAAGAAGAAGUUGGGCGAGUUCAUUUCCAUCCUGCGCGGCUGCAAGGCGGUCGUCGACGCCGUCGAGGGCUUCCAGGCCUGCAAGGACAAGCUGACGUCACCCCUGCUGAGGCGCUUGGUGACGAUUGGGGAGCUGUUCCCGCGGGAGGUGGUCCCCGCGCUCGAGCACUUCGAAGAGGCGUUUGACUGGGCUCAGGCCGAGAAGGAAGGCCGCAUUGUGCCGACCGGCGCGGUGGACGACAAGCUGGACGCUGCGGCAGAGCGAAUCGCCGCGGUCGAGGGCCAGCUGGAGGAGUAUCUCGAGGAGCAGAAGAAGAAGCUCAAGUGCCGGUCAAUCACCUAUGUCAACGUCAACAAGGACCGCUACCUCCUCGAGAUGCCCGAGACAACCAAGGUUCCGCUGGACUUCGAGCGCGGCUCCGGGAAGAAGGGCGUGCUGCGCUACCACACCCCGGUCGUGAAGGACUUGCUGGCGGAGCUAGCGGAGGCGGAGGUGGAGAAGGAGGACGCGCUCAAGGGCAUCUUUCGCAAGCUGCUGCAGCACUUUUGCAGGGACCACUCCGCCUGGACCGCCGCCAUCAAGGCCAUCGCCCAGCUGGACGCUCUCAGCAGCCUGGCUGGGGCAAGCCUCUGCUCCGACACCCCCAUGUGCCGCCCCACGUUCACACCCCCCUCCGAAGAAUCUCUAGGCGUCCCGGCCAGCUUCGAAACCCCUAAAGCUUCCGAAGCCCCCCAGUGGCUGUACGCCAAGGGCCUGCGCCACCCGUGCCUCCACUCUGGGGCCACCAUCGCUUCGGGGGGGUCGUUUGUGCCCAACGACACGUGUCUCGGGGAGCCUGCGGGAGCCCCCCCGUUCAUGCUCCUGACGGGGCCCAACAUGGGCGGGAAGUCAACCCUCCUGCGGCAGGUCUGCCUGGCCGUCGUGCUAGCGCAAGUGGGCGCCGACGUUCCUGCGGAGGCCUUCAGCCUCUCCCCCGUCGACCGCAUCUUUGUGCGCAUGGGGGCGCGCGACCACAUCAUGUCCGGCCAGAGCACCUUCUUCGUGGAGCUGUCCGAGACGGCCGCAAUGCUGAGGAGCGCCACCAGGAGCUCCCUGGUGACGCUGGACGAGUUGGGCCGCGGUACCGCCACCACCGACGGGGCCGCGAUCGCGUAUGCGGUUUUGGACCACCUGGCGCACUCGGUGGGCUGCCGGGGCAUGUUCAGUACGCACUAUCACCGCCUCGCGGACGAGCACGCGGACAACCCGGCGAUCCAGCUCCGCCACAUGGCGUGCAAGGUCGGGGAGUCGCCGACCGCGGGCAUCGAGGAAGUGACGUUCUUGUACCAGCUGGCGGCGGGCGCUUGCCCCAAGAGCUACGGCACCAACGUCGCGAAACUCGCGGGAAUGCCAGAUGCCGUGCUCGCGCGCGCCGCGGUCAAGUCGGCCGAAGUCGAGAGCACGUCCGACGAUCUGACGGCCGGCUCGGCAAAGAGGAAGGUGGGCGAUGGAGAUGAGCGGGAACCGCCGCUGGACCAACUAGAGCGAGAGCUGCUUGACAGAGUGACGGUGGCGUUGAAGGGCACUGGGCGGCCCGCUGCGAGUCGGGAGCUUGUUGAGGUUUGGCAAGAGGCGAAGAGAGCAAGCGUGGAGAGCCCGCAACUACUGAAGCGGCGGAGACUGGAAGAGGAUGCGUUUGUUAGACCUGAGGGCGUAGUUUGAGAAGGCGUCUUUGAGACCUGGAAUAAAUUCAUGCUUUGCUGUGUUUGGUCGCCAUGAAGUACCUGUUUGGUCAAUCAUCCGUUUUCCAGAGAAUGGAGAUCAGCAGUGAUCUGCGGCACGAUUCGGACCUAAAAUGGGGGAUGCUUUCUAUCCAGAGAUGUUCGCAUGCAGCAGAUAAAGUCAUUCCUGAACCCAUAUAACCGCGAUUUGAUGUCCAUCUGGAUGUGGUGCAAGGCGAUUGUUAUGAAG